AUGGCCGCCCACGCCUGGGACGUCGCCUCCCUGAAGCGGACAAUGCAGAUGGGGCGCUCCUUGUCCAGCGCUAAGCUGAACUUUCCGCUGGCGUACUACAUGGCCAGCGAGGGGCUGAUGACCACCCUGGUGCAGUCCAGCUUCGAGACGGUCAUGCACCAGCUGAGGACUGCCAGCGACACGGGUCGAAAUGCAGGGAUGGAGGACCUCAUGAAGAUAAAGUCUUCUGUUGCCCCACUGUGGCGCAAGACUCAGAAGUUUGGAGGGGAAGGUGCGCCCGAGCAACCGGAGAGGCGGGACUCAGCAGAUGCUGAGGCGGACGCAUGGCCCAUCCCUUGCUUCGACGAUGGGGUUGACGGCGGAGAAGGGACCGAGCCCCCUCAGGGAGAUGGCCAUGGCUGCAAGCCUGAGUCUGAAGAUCAGAGGGCUGUGGGAGAGCUGUACACGAGGCCUGUGAAACAACUGCGGACGCUGCACACUGGCACUCGUGCUGCGCAAAACAGCUGGAUCAAGCGAAUCCGUGAUGAUCAGAAAUUCAAGGGGGUGUACUUCUCCAGGGAUGGGGUGCCCUACUCCAAGGUCGAGCUGGAAGGGAAGUACCACUACCUGGGACGGUUUGAGACAAUGGAGGAGGCAGCGAGGGCAUAUGACCUGGCGACCCUGAAGAGGGCAAUGCUUCACAACCAAAAUGCUGUUUCGCUUAACUUUCCUGUGGAGGACUACACUGAAGACGAAGAAUUAAUGCAGUUCCUAAAGUCGGCAAACUGCGAUGAAGUGGCAUCUUUUGUACGCUCCCUUGCUGGCAACAAACGUGCUGCAAAGGCAGAGCCCUUACCCAAGGUCAGUCAGAGAAGGCAGAGGUCGGGUGAGGAAACGGACACUGCAUUGGCAGGUACGCCCUGUUUUGAGCGAACUGGACCAGACCAGGAGGUUCCCUUACCAGGUUGGCUCAAGGGUGAGGAAGUGGAGGGUGAUUUGCACGAUGCCGCACACAACUUGCUGGGACUGAGCGAGGCGGCUGGUCCGACUGGUGAGCAGGGGCCCAAUGAUGGUGUCAAGGCCUCUGAGUGUGGUCCAACUGGACCACAGCAGGGUGGCCCAGGCUGCAAGCCUGAUAGCGCAGCCCAGCGGUCUCCAGAAAUUAGGCAGAAAAUGGACAGUGCAGGGAUGGGUAGUGGGGCAGUGCCUCACACAAGGCCUGGUUCACAAACUGUACUGCUCAACAAGAAAGUGUGCGACCCGAAGCUGGCAAGCGGGAUGGUGGGAACACAUGGCUGGGUACGACUUUCGCAGGCCGCAUUCGCAGUGCAUGUCACUGACCACUGCACUUCAAACUCCCAAGUGUUGAAGACUCUUCCAGCCGCCAUGGCCAGCUGGCUUGACAGUCGCCAGGGAAAGACUCAUAUGCUCGAGCUCAUGGACACUAGUGGAAAGCACCAGUACCACGUAUCAUGUACCCGGAGCAAUGGGGUGUCCCAGUUGACUGCUGGAUGGAGCCACUUUGUGCAAGAGGUCAACCUUGUGGUGGACGACGUUCUGCUGCUUGUGCGCUCCGAGUGCCCCUGGAAGCUGAUAUAUGCUGUCUUCCGAAUGCCACAAGCCAUCAAGGUGCGCAUCGGCUUCUUUCCCAGUUUGUAG